AUGCGGGCACAUCAAACGGUGCAACGCGUGAAAUCAUCGCAAUAUCGAUUUCGAGCGAAACUCUCGCUGAUCGAGCAUCUUCCUCAUAAAGACAAGCGAGCGAUCAACGCAACUGCUUAUCGAUUAUCGCCUUGUUUCACCCCGGAGAAAGAUGAGCGCUCGGAGUGGAGUUUUGUGACGGCCACUUUGUAUGGAUUUGGAAUUGUGACGACUUUGGGCUACAAUCGAAUAGCCCCAAUCACUCAAGCGGGUCGAAUUUUCUGCAUCGCUUACGGGAUUUGCGGGAUUCCGAUUACGAUGAUCAUCAUCGCUAAUGUCGGUCAAUAUCUCAAUCAAUUUGCCGGUGAUUCAAGAAGAAUGCUCGAAGAGUAUCGACAACGGCGCAGAAUGUCAAAGGCUUCGUUGAGUGGUGAAGAAUAUAAAGAAUCUUCAAUUCAAGUGACCUCGCUAGUUCUGUUAAUUGUCUUCUUGUUAUAUGUGGCUCUUGGAGCUCUGUUGUUGCCAGCUUUGAAUGGCCAGGUCGAUUUCCUAAACGGGCUUUACUACAAUUUUCUGUGUUUGACCGCGAUCGAUUUCGGGCAACUCGUCCCAUCAAAAGUGGUAUUUCUCCCAAUCACUUUCCUCUACGUUUGUCUAGGACUUGCUAUCACAACCAUUGCUAUUGGUAAAUAUUGGCUCGGAGUACAUGAAAAAGUUGCAUUAUCUUGGGAAAAGAUGAAAGACGCCGCGCAGACAAAGAUCUGGUUUGGUGGAAAGGCAAUGAAAGUGAAAGAUUUGCUGCACGCGGUCGGCAAAAAAUGUGGCAUCGAUCCGUCAGCGAUCGAUGCUUUGGAUUUGGAGAAUGUUGUUGAGCGAACUAUUGCUAUUGCGGAAGGCAAAGAACCACCACCGGAUAUUAAUGAGGAUGAGGAGGGAGCCACCAAU